AAACAAAUUCAAAUAUAUUUGAAAUUUUCAUUUCAAUAAUAGUAAAUUUUAAUGACCUACGCCUAUGCGUUUACAAAAAUCGAUUUAGGGCUAGACAGUGACAUCUGUGAGUGUAUUACUGAAAACUAAAGUCAGUUUGAGGGAUGGAAGAUUACAGAUACCUACCAUGAGUCCUAAGAAAAAUAAGAGUUUUUUUCUAUUGUUUGCUUAUUAUAAUUAUGCAAGGAGUGUUUUCAGAACUAAAUUAAAAAUAAUCAUUUCUACCAACUAUCGCUAGGGAAAUGUGAAUGUAGGAUUUAAUGAAACCGUUCAGAAAUAUCUUAACUCUGACAUCUGUUGAUAGUAUUUAGCAACAGUAAAAUAAAACGAUUUUAACGCCUCUCAAGGUAAUUUCUUGAUCUAUAUUUUAUUCAUGCUUUCUUUUUUUGGCAUUUGACAUUGUUGUCAAUAAAUGUCCUUGCAUAUUGUAAUCGUAAGUUCAUUUUAUAACUUUACCACGGAUAUUUUUUUAAAUAAAUUAAGUACACUCCAAAAAUUAUUGGAGACUGCGGAAUAAGUAUCGUAUAGGAUUUUGGUCAUGACUGAUGGACCACCGCAAAUCCCUAAAAUCAAAAUCGAGUAAAGUCAAACGAGUCGACUCCAAAGAAAUAUCUUCCAACGUAGAACUGAGAACGAGGUACGACCGUCUUCUGAAAGAAAAUUCUCAGUUGGAUAGAGAAAUAGAGGAACUGCAGAAGAGAGGAGUCAGUACCAAUCUUCAGCCUCAGAUGAAAGCUCUUCACGAGUACAAUGAAAUGAAGGAUCUGACUCAGUUGGUGCUUGGGUAUUUGGCUGACGCAGAGCAUGUUACCAUCAGAGAGUUGCACAAGAGGUUUGGAUUGCCAAUGGAAUAAGGAUUUUUCAUCUGUUGAACUGCUCCGCCAUUAAUCUGCUACUCACAAUGUCAGACUCAUCAGAAGACACCGUCAUAUCCGACGUGGAUAACAUUUGCAGGGAUUUCGCAAGAGGAGUGUGCGAACGAAAAUUCUGCAAAUAUAAACAUGAACACGAAGCUAAACCUCUCUCUUUCUGUCACGAUUUCCAAAACUACAUCUGCCAAAGAGGAUAUUGCAAGUUCAUCCACUGCUCUGCUGGAGAAGAAGAAGAGUACAAACUAACAGGUAAAAUGUCUCAUCAGAUCCUCGUGGAGGCAACGAGGAAGAACCAACUACCUGGCAGGCUCCCGAUAUGCUUCAAAUUCCAAAAGGGCCAGUGUCGUGGAGUCGGUUGUCAAUUCAUUCACAUGUCCAAAGAGCAAGAAGCAGCAGAAAUCUGCAACAUUGUCCAGAAGCACCCUCACAGUCCCACCACUGUUCUCCUGAAUAAUAAUAUUGAAGAAACUCAGUUGAUCCCGAUAGAGAAUUUGAAUGGUUGCACAAGAAGGCCGGGUGUAAGCUUCGACGAAUACGCAGGCGAAGGUCUUCCAUUUGUUAAAAGACGGCUGUUGACCACGGCAGAGCAGGAAUUCGUACCGUGCGAGGUUUUGGAGACGAACGGAGUCGCAAGGUCUGUUUUUAAGGGCUACUUUGCUGGAAAUCCGCCCUCGCCGAUGUUAAGCAGAGUAGAUGCCAGGACAAUCAUGUUGGAAGAAGAAAAUGGAUUGUUACACAAGGAAAUAGCAAGGCUCAAAAAGCAGGUGUCUGACCUGACGGCCACCAACGAAUUCCUGUUGGACCAGAACGCGAAUCUGCGCGUGUCAGGCAAACGCAACGGCACCGUCAACGUGCCGGCCGUCACCAUCACGAACACCAAUUCGCAGCAGCAGGCCCAGCAGAUGAACAGGACCGUUAUAGCCAGCGUCGCAACAGUGCCAGUCUCUCUUGCGACUGUGUCCACCUGCAAUCCGGUCUCUGGGAACCAUUCGGUCUCCAUAGCCGGCUGCCCAGCCGUCAGCAUCGCUUCCCCGGGACAGCUCUUGACGAACAGUCAGCAGAUACUGGUAACGACGAACCCAACUACCCAACUAGCCAUAGCGAACAGCUCCCAAGCUCAGCUCGCCAUCGCCCAGCAAAACCUCGCCAACAACCUGGCUCAGCAGGCUGCGCAGCCGCAGCUGACCUCGCAGGCUCAGCAGCUCGCACUGGCCACUACCACGCAGCAGCUGACGUCCCAGGCGCAGCACAUGGCGAAUCAGCAACUGGCACUCGCCGCAACCCAGCCCCAGCAGCUCGCGUCGCAGACUCAGCAGAUGGCUCUCGCCAGCAAUCAGCAGGCGCAGCAACUCGCGCUCGCCAAUACCAAUCAGCAACUGACGUCGCAGGCGCAGCACCAGGCACAACAGCUCGCCUUGGCCACGACUAAUCAGCAACUCACCUCACAGGCACAGCAGCUGGCCCUGGCAAGCACGAACCAACAGCUCACUUCGCAAGCACAGCAGCUCGCACUAGCUAGUACGAAUCAGCAACUAACCUCUCAGGCGCAGCAACUAGCGAUAGCGACCACCACUCGUCAACUGGCAGCCGUCACGAGCGUUCCGCAGCAACUCGCGUUGGCCAGCACGAACCAGCAACUGAUUGCGCAGCAAAAUCUUGCCUCGGAGCUGCACCGCAACAACCACCAGAUGAACGCCAUCGCAACAUCGCAAGCCAUCGCGAUGUCGAACGCCUCACAGCCGAUGGUCUCCUAUCCGAUCAUGACGCAGAGCAUCAAUCAUGCGUUGACGCAUUAGUUGGCGGCGUCGUUUCCCUAGUGACGCGCGAACGGGUUCAGUUUCACAGGUUUCUCUGACGAGAUCUAGGUGCGGAUGCAGUGAGAACUCUGUGAGAGUCUUGUCGUAGAGAUUGAGUAGUUUGAAAGUGAGCUUCACUGAAAAUCGACUACAUUCCGGGUUAUACUCGCCGCCGAAUAUUGAAUUACUGAGAAACAAUACUCAGGUUAGGCAGAUACUCUAAAUUGUGGUAGAAAUCUGAACGCUAGCCAAGGAUUGCUUUGUCUGAUGGAACAGCGAUCCAAACUUUUAAGAAUUUCUUUGAUUUUGAAAAUUGAAGUCAGCUUUUGGCACGUGAUGUAUACCAAAAAGUUUCGUAUCAACUCAUGAUUCGCAAUUUGGGUUUGUCGAAAUGUUUUUCUCUCCUACGAAAACAUCCACUUCAGCAGAAAUUUCAAGCACUGAUUACUCUCCCAUGCAAGAGAAAUUAGUGAUAACGAGAAAUGUCACCUUAACCAAUUGUGUUUUUUCGUUUUUUAACUCUCUGAAGUGUAUGACAAGACUAAUUUUCUAUUACAAAGUUAGAAUUCAUAUUUUGUUCUCAAAAUCAGCCAGUUACAAUUUGAGUUUCAUAAAUUCCUGACAUUUUAAUACAUCAUUUGCAAAUGAACUCAUUUCAAUAAGAACAUUAGAUUUUUGGUCUUGAGAAAAGUAAACUAAUAAUGAAAAAAUGAUUAUUUCAUUUAGGUUGAUGAGUAGAAUUUGGAAUAUCUGACACGUAAUGAAUCUAUCAACAUUUUCCCUAACCAGAACAAAAAUGUUUAUCUUUUGACACGCGUUUAGUCAGUAUCAUCUCUUAAUGAUGCUAACUUGGUUGUUGAAACGCGGGUCAAGAGACAACUUUUUUGGUUAUUGUGAGGAGAAAUUUGUUUUUGAUAGAUUUCAUUUGAGAUUUUUGACACUCGGUCCAAUCAUUAAUAAUAACGAUUUAUUUUCCCAAGAAACAUACAUGUCUACAGUAGAGAAAAAACUAUUCGAAACUAUAACAUAUGAACGGGUAAAAUACAACAAUAUCGUAUAAUUUUGCCAAAUAGCAAUGCUUGUCACACAAAUUUGAAUUCAAGUUCUAUUUACCCUCUACUGCAAAGUUGAUCCUGUACCAGGGGUUGAAAAAUAUGUGAUU